UGAUGCGAGGAUAAAUAUUAUUACAACAUUUCCAAUCUUAAAGUCAUCCCACGAUAUUUCCUCGCAUGGAUUUUUAAAUACAUCUAUGGAACGAUUUGAAAACCGCCAAAUGGAUUUCAUCCGGACUCUUUCAUUAAAUAUGAAACACCAAUGUGUUGAAAAAAUACACCUUCUCGUUGAAAACCUAGAUGUGGAAAUGUAUUUAAAAUCACUAGAAACUUCUCUUUUCAAAGCUUUGGACAUCGACACAAUGAUUCGUUUUCACAAAUUACCAGGUUUCCCCACUUACAAGGAUUAUGCUCAGUAUGCAAACGAACAUUUGAUGUUUAAGAACAUUUCUAUAAUGAACGCUGAUAUAUCCCUCGGAGAUGGGUUUAACCUGAUCAAAGAAGAGUAUCUAGUAGAGCAUAAGGUGGCAUAUUGUUUAACUAGACAUUCUACCACAUUGGCCAACUGCACGUCAGAUGUCAACUUUUGCACCAUGGCGUAUCAAGGAUCUCACGAUGCACAUGUUAUGUUUAUGGACACAGCUUUUGACAAAUGGAGUCUUAAUUUUCUCAAUUAUCCGAUUAAUUUACUUGGUGUUGAAAACCUUUUUAUGUAUACAAUCACCAACAGACUGAAGAAACAUGGUCUGAAUCCAUGUUCAAUCUUAAAAACUCACCAUAACCACUGCUCAAGAUUACGCUCGGGAGACACAGUUAAUGAGAAAAAACGAAUCAAUCGUGGUAAAAAUGCAACAUAUUCCAAGCUUAUCGGAUAUUCUAAAAAACUAUUUUGAAAAUAAUUUUUAAGCUGCCUGCUAAAUUAUUCAAUUAGACUCCCUCUUAAACAUUAGUGCACAUAUAAAAUGUCAUAUGAAGCUGAAUAAAUGUAUUUGUAAAGCUGUGUUUGUAAAUGUCGUCAAUCGAAACUGUUCAUUGCUUUUUUCAUUAUGCUCUUCCUGGACACUAAUGAGACACUUAUUAUGGAUGUUAGUUGUCUGUUAUGAUCGAUUUUCUCAAAUUUGUGCAGACUUUAUGAAGCAAUAUCACCAGGAAACGAGUUUUUCCAGUAUAUAAACAGCCAAAUUAGAACUAUCAUAUUGCAAUGUAAUAUCAUUUUAGUAGAAAUAUAAGUUCGAAUUGU